AUGUCCACGACGUCAAGGAGCUCCGCGACAGCGCGCCCCUACCAGCCGUCUCCAGCAUCGAUAGACCCCCCUCCCAAGAGCAGGUUUCCCAUUACGCCCGCGCUCCUGCGAGGUAUCUUUGCCUCAGCGCGUACGCCAAACGAGGAGCGCUCGAUCUCCCGUGUCGCAUUCUUCAGAUUCGCAGGAUUCCUGCUCAGUAUUGUCGGUAUAAGCCUGCUUGCCGCGCGCGGUCGCGGUGUGAAGAGCGGUGCGGCACUGCUAGGCGUCAUGUAG